AGGAUGCAGCCUGUGAACUGGGACGCAGCUAAAGAGGGAAAGCGGAAAACCCUAAUUUAAAACACCGGACAUUGUUUUGGUACUUUUAACUUUAUGAUGUAAACUUUCUUAUUAACGUUAGUUUGGUUUCGCGGACAGUCAUUUUAUGCGAAUGCUUUAACAUCCACGGUUAGCUGACUUGAUCGGAGUGGCACAUGUUAAUGUUUGUUUAUGAUAAUGCGAAGCGCAGCUAGUGUAUUUCAAAGCUGUAUCCUAGAUGUGCAUUAGUCUUGAAAUCAUAACUGCUCGCAGCUAUAACAAUGGCGUGUUAUAGCGCAUAUAUUUAACAAUUAACAUAUUUCCAUUGUCCAUUUUUAAUUGUAUUCUAGUCAUCUUGGAUCUGAAACUGGAUUUGUGAGAGUAUGCUGGUUAAAGUGAAACUCGGGGAUGCCCAAAAGUUCUUUAAAAUAACAGACCAGACCCUGGAGGAAUUUUUAUCUGCUGCCUUUUUAAAGUUUGGUGUUAAAGCUGUACCUGGGAAUGUGAGGGUUAUUGAUGAAUCAGGGACUGAGGUGGAUGAAGAUGUGUUUGAAGAGGUAGUCAAGGAUCCAUCAGUUGGCAUUCUCACUAUAAAACCCAUUGCUGACUUGAAUGCUGCGCCUCAACAAGCAUGCCCUGUGCCAUCAAAUCAGCCCCAGUCUUCAUCCAUUGACUCCACUGACUCACAGGAAACGCUUAUAACUGAAGACAGCUCUAUCAGUAAACCGAAAAGGCUGGAUGAUGGUGAUGCUAAAAGGUUGGUGGAAUUGGUUCUUCUCCAGAAACCUGGCGGGGAGCGUAUAAUAAACGAAUAUAACCGAACUAAGACUUUGGGAGAUGCUACAAGGAGGAAAAUGGUUAACAUUCUGGCAGCUGACAUGAUGGAGAAGAAUGGAUGCAGUAGAGCACCACCAAAGCAGGUGAGAGAAAAAUAUGCCAAAGGAAUUGUGGCACUGUUCCCUUGCCUCAGCGACCCCUUCUCCAAAAAUGGUUAUGAGCAUUACUAUGAUAGUGAGACUGGCACAGGAUAUUUAGCAUGGAGGAUCAAAACAAUACAGAGAGGUUUAGCUAAAGAACGACGAGCAUCACUUGAAGCCUCUGUCAAACAGCCCAGAAUGAUACCCUGUUCACAAACCAAUCGUUCUUGUGGACCAGUACCUUUCAGUGAACCUGAUCAUCAGAUGGGGCUGAACCAACUGGAUCUGUUUACAGCUCAAUCCAGCACAGACCAACAGCUUACUCAGGGUUUAAAUAAUCAACAACUAGCGUCAUUUGAAGAACAAGCACUUUUGGCUUUAUCAACUGUAAGACAGCAGGCAGAGUUUACUCCAGAGACGUUCUUAAAUGAGGAUGUAAGCAAGGACGAUUUCUGGUCCAAUGUACAGCGCGUUAUCGUACAGACCAUGCUGGUUAAAGUAAAACUUGGGGAUGCCCAAAAAUUUGUGAAAAUAACCAACCUGAGCAUGACGGAAUUUUUAUCUGCUGCCUUUUUAAAGUUUGGUGUUCAAGCUUUACCUGGGAAUGUGAGGGUUAUUGACGAAUCAGGGACUGAGGUGGAUGAAGAUGUGUUUGAGGAGGUAGUCAAAGAUCCCUCAGUUGGCGUUCUCACCAUCAAACCCAUUGCAGACCUGGAAUCUGUACCUCCACGACCACAAGCAUGCCCUGUGCCAUCAAAUCAGCCCCAAUCUUCAACCAUUGACUCCACUGAAUCACAGGAAACACUUACUAUUGAAGACAGCUCUGUCAGUAAACGAAUGAGGCUUGAUGAUGAUGCUAAAAUGUUGGUGGAAUCAGUUCUUCUCCAGAAACCUGGCGGGGAGCGUAUAAUAAACGAAUAUAACCGAACUAAGACUUUAGGGGACUUGACAAGGAGGAAGAUGGUUAAUAUUCUGGCAGCUGACAUGAUGAAGAAUGGUACAGCACCACCCAGGCAGGUGAGAGAAAAAUAUGCUAAAGGAAUUGUGGCUUUGUUCCCUUGCCUCAGUGACCCCUUCUCCAAAAAUGGCUAUGAGCAUUACUAUGACAGUGAGAGUGGCACUGGGUAUUUAGCAUGGAGGAUCAAAACAAUACAGAGAGGUUUAGCUAAAGAACGACGAGCAUCACUUGAAGCCUCAGGCAAACGUUCUGGAGAAAUGGAUGACCUAGGUAAUGAAAUUAGACUGAAACGCAUGAAGCAGCUCAUGGCUCAAACCAGCACAGAUCUACACCUUUCUCAACUAGCAUCAUUUGAAGAACAAGGUCCGUCUGCUGUAUCCACUGUAAUGCUGCAGUCAGAGUUUGCUCCAGACACUGUCUUGAGUGAGGAGGAAUGCAAUAUAGCAAUUUUAUUCAUGAACAAUUGCCCCGAUGAGGAUGAGAUCUACAAGAAAAUGACUUUGACAUUUGACUAUCGGCGGAAAAUGGUUCUUGACCAAACACGAUUAAGUGAUGUGUUGACGGUCUUCACACGCUUCAAAGACAUUAAAGGCUUGAUUGAGCAGGACUUUGUUCGGAUGUUUGGCGAGGGAGUAUCAGGCAGGCUACUGGAGAAGUGGACAACUGCAUUUAAGAUGAAAGUGAUCCAGCAGUGCAAGAAGCUCCCAAACACCAGUGAUGUAGAGGAACUCCUCCUCGGAGCAGAAUUCCCAGCUGAAAUCUCAGAAGACACUGCUGAUUUUUUUUGGGACAGUGACCUCUCUUCUAUAUUACUCCUACUUCAUCUGAUCCCACCAUCUGCCCAAGGCAGGAAGAAGCCUGGGAAGGUGUCUGCCUCUCAAGCAGAAAGAAACCUAGUAGUCUUCAAAAAGACUGGAACAGACAUCGAAGACCAUCUUAAAGACAUCGGUGCCAGUUCUCAGCCCUAUCUCUUAGCUGUGGGAGCUCACAAGUCCUCAGUUGACCAGUUCUUCAUUAUUCUACACCAACAUGCCAUUCCUUGCAAGUCCACGUCUUCGCUUGGAGCCUUUGACGAACUCUUUAAGGCACAUUUUGUUUUCGGCACCUCCUACAAUGCUAUGUUACACAACAUGUACAUUUUCAUUCAGACAACUGUGUACAACAUAGACGUGGGCAAAGUGAAGGAAAGUCCUCGCGUUGCUGAAGUCAGAGCCAGGCUGCUCAGCUAAGUGCCUUAAAGAUGCAGUAAGGGAUUUUUUUUUAAAUGUUGUUAGAUUGGAUUGUGCAAUUUUUUUUUAAAACACAGUUGUUGCCAAGAGAGCGCAGUAAGUAGCUGAUUACACUCAUUAUGGGGAACGAGAAAGCGCUCAGUGCACACUAAAAAAUACACAAUAGAGGAAAAGGUCAGGGGAAUUUAACCUUAAGGCAAGAUGUCAAUAUUAUAUAUAUAUAUAUAUAUAUAUAUAAGCCAUAUACAGAGAUGGGGAGAAGGCCUGAAAAUGAAGACAGAGGUUGCUUUAUUUCUUUAUAAAUGAUAAGAAUAUGUUAAGACGCGAUGUUGGAGCAGUUCUGGUCGCAUUUGCUCCUGUUGUUAAAUCGAUGUGACGUCAAACUGAGAUUGGGAGCAUUUGUGUGAGAACAAUAAGUGUUGUUUUGUGACCUGUUUUUGUGUCUAUAUGAAAACAUCACUCAUUACUACACAAUGCAUGUAAGCUAACACAGUGACUGCCUAUUUUAUCAUUAAAUUCGGUGGAUGUUUUAUUUUGGUUAAAGUUCGGCUACAUUAGAAUAUUGAAAUCAUACAACUAAGUUGAAUUAUAAAAGCCGUUUAUGUUACAUGUAAAGUAUGUAACAUCCUUGUUUGUAUUGUGAUUAAGAUCUAUUGCUUGCCUCUAAUUUCAAAUGGCUGCAUAUAGAUUUUAAAACCAGAGUUCUAUUGUUUUUAUUGCGUCUUGCAUUAAGGAAUGGGUAUCAGAAUUGGCCUAUUUGCUUGUUAAAUUUUUUUUAUACGGUAUGUAAGGAGGAAUGGUUUUUCCUAGUGAAUUAAGAUGUUGAGAUCAACAGGAUGUACACAAAUAAUAGGUGAAAAAUACAAACUGUACUUGAUAUGCUUCUUAAUUUUUCGUUGGAUACUAUUUUUUUUCUAGUGCCAGAACUAGUUCAAAGAUGAAAAUAAAGAAGAAAACGAUCAACAGCAUUUUUUUUUUAUCGUUCAUAUAUCAGUCGUGUUUUCCAGAAAGCGAUUCCAAAUUUGCUUUGAUAUCCACACAUAUCAAAUUGACAUACCAUUAAAUCCUCCAAGUUGCAUAAUUUAAAACAUUUAUUGAAAAAUGGCUCAUUUGGAUACAAAGUGGCAUGUGAGAUCACAAGGGCACGGACAUUUGCAUAUACACUGCCUGGAGAGCAAGAUUUAGAUGUAUAGCCUGCUUAUUGUUAUAAAUUGCUGCACAAUUGGCCUGGCCCACUGGCAUUCAGUGUUGUUAUUUGCAUCUCUGUACAGGCUUCAGAAAGAUCACAUCUGGAACAAGUGAGCAGAUUAUUUUUAAUGGUGUCCUUGAUAGAUCUGGAGGGAUUAUGUGCUUUAUUUCAGAUCAUUUUUCUUUCGAUUGUUUUGUAAAUGAGGGAUAAAUAAAAUAAACUCUGUUGAAAGAUGAAGCUGUUGGAUAUGACAGCAGCUUCAUCACAAACUGUAAAUCAUUUGUUUGUGAAGGAAAGUUCAAAGGAUCAUUUUGCCAAAACACUUACUUGUGUAAUUGCGUUGAUAAUGUUCCCUAUGCAAUGAUGUUUACUGACAAGACUUAGUUUGUGGAUUAGUUCCUGAAGAGAAUAUUAGCAUUAAAUAAGCAAGAUGUGUUUUUUUAUUUGGUAUUUUUUCAGGGUUUAGGAAAUUUCUGCACUUGUUCUGUCGGUCCCCACAGGACAUUUACUAAAAGAAGAUUUUGUAAGGUCAAGUCAGUUGCUGUAAAUUAUGAAAAUGUACUCUUUGGUUUUUGAGACAAUCUUAAUAUGUUCAUACUGUGUGUUUCUUUAGCCUGACACUUUUUUAAAUAAAUGUUUUAAAUGUGA